UCAUAUUUUAAACAACCAAUCGAGCGCAGAUUUCGAUUCCAAAAUGGUGCGACUGGAGACGAAAGAUGGCAGGAUUAUUAAAGUGGACUUGGCUCUACUCGAGUGCUCCUUGGUGAUUCAAGAAAUGUUGCGCGUCGGCCAGGAUUCAGAGGACGAGAACUUUGUGCUCCCGCUGCACGGCAUUCGCAGCGAAGUCCUGCUGAAGAUCCUCCUCUGGGCCGAGUUCCACAAGGGCCCCGAGGAGCCCGCCUGGGUGGCCAAAAUUGAUCCGGUGCCUGCCACAGAUCUCGAAAUCCAAAUAUCCGACUGGGACAAGGAGUUUCUGCGUGUGGAGAUCGACAUUAUUUGCGACUUGAUGGAGGGCUCCAAUUACUUGGACAUCCGUUGGCUGUACAAGCUCUGUGCCCAGAAACUCGUCUUCCACAGCAGACGGGAUCCGGUGUCCCAGUUUAGCAAGAGUCUGGAGGUAAUUCCCUCCUUAGCAGAGUUCCAAGCACUCUUUACCGAGCAAUAGCAUAUUACUUUUGGGAUAAAUAUAAAUCAAUUGGUUAUGACACUCUAAAAAUAUUUUUCUAAAUUUUCGAAAAA